AUGCAAAUUCCCUAGACUUAACCAGAAUAUAGACCAAGUAGAUUGACUCGAUACUCUAAUUAGACUUUUUUUUCAAUGGAAAAUUGUGAUGUAUUUAACAAUCAGAAUGAAAAUAUGGGAUUGGCAAUGUAACAAGAUUAUUACCUUAAGGGAUUAAAUGCCAAUGUUAUAAUAAGUGUUUGAAGUACGAUAUACAUAACAUAAAGAAAACUAAAUAUAAAAAUUUUAUAACAUGCCUUAUUAAGAAAGAAUGUAUUAUAUGAUUGAUAAGGAUUCAGGCAGAAUAUUUGAUAUGCGUAUACCUGAAGUAUGAAUUACAUAUAUAUAAAGUAAGCGAAAGAAAUAUAAGAUAUACUAAAUGGUGAUACUGUUAGUUUAAUAAAAGAUUAAGCUUGGAAUGACUUUAUGUAAUACAAUUUUAGUAUAUAGAUUGUUGACUAAAAAAAUGAAUGAACAUUUACUAGAUUAUGCAGAAUUGGGAGAUGCACAAUCAAUAAACACAUUAUUGUUACCAACUAUUGAAUAUUAUAUCAAUAUUGAUACAAAGUAUGAUUACAUGAUUAAAUUGAUUAGAGGUCUGGAUGAUUGGACAGCUUUACAUUUUGCAUCAAAUGAGGGAAAUUUAGAAAUUAUGAACAUUUUACUUAAUCAUGGAGCCACAGUGGAUGCUUUAACUAAAUUUUUAAGAACCCCUUUCUUUUUGGCUGUGAUGUAGAAUUUUUUAGAUUGCGCAACAGUAUUAUUGUAACAUAACGCUAAUAUCAAUAUCUAAGAUAAAGAUGGAAAUACUCCAUUACAUAUUGCAUCUUAAAUGGGAUCGAUUGAAAUGAUAUCAUUUCUAUUAGAAAAAAAAGCAGAUCCAUAUAUUAGAAAUAUUUAUAAUUAAAAUUGUGUUUCAAUCUGUUGUGAUGCUAACAGUUUACAAAUCUUUAUAAAAUAUGGAUAUGUUAAAAAUGAAGAAGUAAUUGAAUUCUAUUAAUUUUAAGAAUUAUGAGAGAACAAUAAUACCUGGAACCAAUGUUCUUUUAAGAAAUAGUAGAUAUGAUCAUGUAAUGAAAUUAAUAACUACAGAAAAAUAAGUAGAAGGAUAAUCUACAAAUAGUUUUAAUUAAGCAGCAACUAAUACUAAUAAUAAUAAUAAUAAUAAUAAUAAUAAUAAUAAUAAUAAUAAUAAUAAUAAUACAAAUGUUAAGAAGAUUUCUAAAUUUUAAAAUUUAGCUAUGUACUUAUGUGUAAACCUUUUAAAAUAUAAGAUGACUCCGAAUAUGUUUAAUUUUUAUUAACUUUUGGGUAAAGGAGCAUUUGGAGAAGUAUAUUUAGUUGAUAGAAUUGGGUAGGAAAAUAAAAAAUUAUUUGCUAUGAAAAUAUUAAAGAAAGAACGAAUGAUGUCAUAAAAUUUAUUGAAAUAUGCAGAAACAGAAAAAGAGGUUUUAAGUGUAAUGCAGCAUCCAUUUAUAGUAAGAUUAAAUUAUGCAUUUUAAACAGAAUCUAAGUUAUUUUUGGUAAUGGAUUUUUGUCCAGGAGGUGAUUUAUCAAAAUUGCUUGACAUAAAGAGAAAAUUGACAGAGGAAGAUGCAAAAAUAUAUGUGGCAGAAAUAUUAUUAGCAAUAGAAUGUUUACAUAAAAAUAAUAUUAUAUUUAGAGAUUUAAAACCAGAAAAUGUUGUAUUAGAUUAAGAAGGUCAUGCUUUAUUAACAGAUUUUGGAUUAUCAAAGAAAGGAAUAACUGAUGAAGAAUUAAGUAAAUCAUUUUGUGGUUCACCUGCAUAUUUACCACCUGAAAUAUUAUCAAAAUAAGGUCAUAAUAGAAUGGCCGAUUGGUAUGGAUUAGGUGUGAUGACUUAUGAACUUUUAGUAGGUAUACCUCCUUAUUAUGCUAAUGAAAGAGAAUAAUUAUUUGACAAUAUUAGAAAAGGACCAUUAAAAAUACCGAGAAGUUUAUCUAAUGAAGCUAAAUCAUUUAUUGUAGCUGUAAAUAGCUUAUUAUUAUUAUUAUUAUUGUAGCUUUUAAAUAGAGAUCCAAAUAAAAGAUUAGGAUUUAAUUAAGAUGGAGAAGAAAUAAGAGAACAUCCUUGGCUUUCAAAUAUUAAUUGGAAAGAUUGUUAUGAAAGAAAAUUAAAACCACCUAAACCAGCAGAAUAAAAAUUUAAUACUGUUCCAUUGAGAAUCAAUUUUAUGGAUAGUGAAGAUGGUAAAAAUAAAAUUACAGGAUGGUCAUUCUAUGAACAAUCAUGA